GUGGCAACGACCCGGUAGCCCGGUAUCGGGCAUGGAGGACCAAGGUACCAAGGUACCAAGGUACUUUGCAGGCCGGGCACUUACAUAAGCAAUGCAAAGUGGCUGUUGUCAGGAGGACAGUGCUUGCCUCCAAGUCACACGUGUUUCCGCACGAUGCAUUACGAAAGCUGUCAGAAAGCAGCCAUUGAUUGGUGUCGCAUGUCUCGCAGUCCCAUCCCAUCCCAUCCCAUCCUAUCCUAUCCCAUCCCAUCCCAUCCUAUCCUAUCCUAUCCCAUCCCAUCCCAUCUACCAUGUGCAGAUAUCUGGCUGGAUCGACAUAUAAUUCGGUACCGAAACCACCAAUGAGGCUAACCUCAGGGCUGCUCUCCCAAGGCUGUUAACAAUCCGUCGCGCCACGACAAUGGUAGCGUGAGCGUUGUGUCCAUCACGCAUCGUUCCCCCCCCUUGCGCAUCAACGCCGACCAUGGAAGCCUCUCCUUUAACGCAACAGGCUCGACCUGACCACUUCCAGCCUAAGAUUGUCCAGCUGUAUGAGGUGCUAUUCAAGGACGACGUCGACGGGGAUGGAGACAAGCCCGAGGGCUUCUGGCGCGAGUUCUUCCUCCUGAAACCAGACCGAAUCUCCCUGCAGCGAAUCCUAGCCGAUCUAGGACCCGAAGACCUGCUGGGCCUACAAUCACAAACCAGAUACCUCUUCUCGAGAGCGGUGGAAUGCCUGAAGAAGGAUAACGUCGUCGCCGAUUCCCACGCGCUCGAGACCUUGACCACCUUCUUCUCCGCGAUCCUCUCGAAGAGGUACACGAACCCGAGCUCUGAUAUCAUUGCCGUGCUGGCCGGACUGGACCACGUCGAUGCGGUCUUCACCGACUUUGUAGGAGCCCUGGAUGGGAUAAUUCGCAAUGGGAAGACAAUGGAGGUUCGGCAGAGGGCGGUGGAAGUGGUGCUGUCCAUCACCUCAGGCGCAUACCAGACAAGCCUUCUCACAUAUUUCAUACAACGGGAUCUCUUCCCCGCCAUCAUGAAGUUCAUCCAAGAAUCCGACUCGCCUUCCCGCGCCCUCGAACCGUUCACCUUGCUAGGGCUGUUAGCGAACUACAACAAGUUCGAGUUCCAAAACCCGUAUCAGUUGCGGCUUAACGACUUCGUCAACGAGGCGGCUAUACAGAAGAUCGUCAGAUGCGUCGGCUACACCUGCCGAAAUCUAAGGGGUCAAUAUAUCGAUAUACUACAGGAUUUGCCUGAAGGGUGGUCUAUCACCAGUACUCUGAACAUGAUCGGGCUUGGCGCUAUCGCGCCCGGUGCGAAGGCAAACCACAAACCAACAUACGAUCCGGAGAUAGCGAAACAGAUGUUCUCAAAGCUGCCCGGGGAGGAGGCGGCCCUACUACUAGGGACGUACGACUUUAGCCACGCGAAUAAACUCUUCUGCUUUAACCUCGUCACCCUAGCGGCCGACAAGGGCGAGGAGCAACCCAUCUCGAGCUUCCUGUCGCUGACGUCUUACCUACUGCAGCACGCAUUCUUGUCCGCCCGAGCGACUAACUACGCUCAUCUCAGCCUGAUGGUGUUCCGGUUAGUGGUCGAGGACCAGCUGCUGUGUAAGAGGAUCUGCAGCGAGGAGAGCAAGGUUGCGGUCCGGCUGUGCCGUCAACGGCAGCCGUUCCUGCCGGCGGCGCGGGGCGAGCGAAUCCUAGCGACGAGCGUGCUAGACACGAUGAUCGACGGCAUCAACCACAAUCUGCGGCGCAGGCUGGACGUAAGCCUGUACACGCUCUGCGUCGGCAUCAUGCUGCGCAUCAUCUCGUACCUUUCCCGGUCGAGAACGCGGUUGCAGUACCACUGGUCCGAGCUGUUCCGGUCGCUGCUGUCCCUCAUCCGCUUCCUGACCGCCUACGCGUCAGACCUCAGGAGCUUGUCGCACUUCGACUCGCUCCUGGACCUGGUGGUGAAUCUGCUGGCCCUCUCGCUGUCGGCCGGGGAGGCGUAUCUCCCGACGCCUGCGGCCUAUGACGACCUAUUCUAUAAGGUGGUGGAGAGCGGUGAGGUACUGACUAAAUUCCGCGACACAUACAACUUGUCGAGCCGGCCGUCGAGCUCGAUCGGUACGCUGAUCAGCGUCAGCACGCACUACAAGACGAUGCUGGACUCGGGCGGCUCUAAGAGAAGCCUGACGAGCACAGAGGUAGCAGAGGUAAUCAAGCAGGGUUACGAGACGCUGAGCAUCCAGGCCAAGGAAGGCUUGGACGGCUGGGAACGGUAUCGCGAAGCGGACGAGAAAACGCUGCUGAAGAAGAUGGCGCGGGCGACGGUGACGGACGUGCAGGUGGUUGUGCAAACGUAGUAAUCGGCGGAAUUGCCAGUGGCAGGCCGCCGGGCCCGUGCAGAAAAACGUGGUCGGGGGGUUGCUGCGAUUCGCCUAUUACGGCAAUGGAGACGCGCCGCCGUGCCUCGGGCAGGAGACGACGGUGCUUAAUAAAGGAUUAGUGAGGGUAUCUACGUGCUUGUCGGGCGAGUCGAAAAAUUGAAACCGGAGUGGCAGACGAGCUAUGGGCAGCGUGCUAGUGUCGUAGUUGUGUUCUUCCUCUCGCAUUCCAUGCCGGUUUAAGGACAAGACGACCAGAAAAGAAGAAGAAAAGGAACCGAAAGAGAGAAGGAAAAAAAGGACCUUUAGAUACUCGGC